AUGAGCGUGGAGAUCUUGGACGGGCGGACGGUGCAGAGCUUCGUGGAGGACGAGAGCGCGUUCAACUCGUCCGUGGACGCCCUCUUCGCGGCGCUGGACGCGGACCGCGACGGCCGCCUCUCGUACGCCGAGAUGGCCGGGGAGCUCAUGGCGCUGCGCGUGCGGGAGGCGCACUUCGGGGCCGAUGCGCCGGCGCCCGCCGCUGAGCUCGCCAACCUGUACGGGGCGCUCUUCGCGCGCUUCGACCGCGACGGGGACGGCGCCGUGGACCAGGACGAGUUCCGCGCCGAGAUGAGGGAGGUCAUGCUCGCCGUCGCCAGCGGACUCGGCGUGCUCCCCGUGCAGAUGGUCGUCGAGGAAGGCAGCCUCCUCAAGAGGGCCGUCGACAAGGAGCUGCUGGCCACUGCCCCUACCAUGGCAGCUUGA